AUGUCGUGUAAAAUUGUGUCGAGCACUCGGGCACGCAGCAAGUUAGCAGGCCAUGGUGUUCCGAUUUCUAAACAAGAAACAGCGAGCUUCACAGUGAGAACCGAAGGCAUUUUGGAGUAUCACUCUUCCAUGUCGCUCGAGAAUGCAACAAUGCCGGCAGAGUAUGCCUCAUCGUCGGUAAAAACUGAAGCUAAAUCAGAUGCCAAACUUCAGUGUCUGGGUGCACCAGACGCAAGCGAACUUACAUUGGAAUGUGUUCUUGCACAUCGCUUACGUGUAUGGACCAAAGUGACUGAGGUAACAUAG